AUGGCUUCGCGGCGCGUGACGCGCAAGUGGGAGGUGUUCGCGGGACGCAACCGAUUUUGGUGCGACGGAAGACUCAUGACGGCGCCGCACCCUGGCGUUUUCCUACUUACGCUUGCGCUUAUUUGCGGCACUUGCGCGCUGCAUUUCGCCUUCGACUGCCCAUUUCUGGCAGCGCGCGUCUCGCCCGCCGUACCCGCGGCCGGCGCGGCGCUCGCUGCGACCACACUCGCGGCCUUGUUGCGCACCGCGCUCUCCGAUCCCGGCAUCAUCCCCCGCGCGGCGCCGCACGAAGCGGCCGCUGCGCCCGAGGACGCGUCCGCCGGAAGUCCGACGACUCCGGGUGCCGCUCGGCCCCCGCCGAGAGCGCGAGAGGUGCUCGUGCGCGGUCGCCCCGUCAAGCUGAAGUAUUGUUUCACGUGCAAAAUGUUCCGGCCGCCGCGCGCCUCGCACUGUUCGCUUUGCGAUAACUGCGUCGACCGCUUCGACCACCACUGCCCGUGGGUGGGAAACUGCGUGGGUAAGCGCAACUAUCGCUACUUCUACCUGUUCGUCGUGUCACUGUCGUUUCUCGCAGUGUGGGUGUUUGCGUGCGCGGUGGCCCACCUGGCGCUGGAGGCGCGCGGGGCGGGCGGCGCGGGGCUCGGAGGAGCUUUGCGCGCAUCGCCCGCGUCGGCCCUCGCGGCCGCCGUCUGCUUUCUUUCGGUGUGGUCCGUGCUCGGCCUGGCCGGCUUCCACACCUACUUGGCCUCCACCGACCAAACGACCAACGAAGACAUCAAGGGCUCGUUCUCCUCUCGUCGCGGCGUGUCUAAUCCUAACCCGUACUCGCGCGGUAACGCCUGCGCCAACUGCUGGCACGUGCUUUGCGGGCCUCUCGCGCCGAGUCUUAUCGACAGACGCGGCGUCGUUCCGCCUGAUGGCCACGAGUUGCCGCCCGCCUUCGUGGCGGUUCUCGCCGCCCCCGCCCCGGCUCCCUCGCCGCCCGAGCCCCGGGACGCCGUCCGAGCGUUGCACGCACCGGCGCCGCGCGCUAAAGAUUCGAUGUCCGGCAGUUACACGAACCUAUUCGAGGCGAGCGAGAGCGCGCGCCACGCGUACAUGAAUCGUUCCCUGGAGCUCGACCCGGUGCCUCUGAGCGAGGUGUGCGUGCAGGGCGCGUCCGAGAGCGGCGCGGCGGUGGCGGGGGGAGGGGCGUUAAGUGCAUCUCGGCUGCGGCUGCUGCACGACACGACCAUGAUCGACGCUGCGCUCGACCUCGACGAGCCCGACCCCCCUUCGCACCUGGCCACCGCCCCCGCGCCACUACCGCACCUCGCGCUCGCCCUGUGA